GUGUGUAGGUGUGGGACGUGUGCGCACCAACUGUACGUUCUUUGCAAAUGUUUACAAGGGAUGUGUAAGGCCCUUUUCGAAAACCACGGCUUCUGCCGUGGUUUUCGACCUCCGGCUCCAGGUCCUCUCGUACAAACAACCAUAGGGCUAAGCUAGCCUGAUGAGCCGAAGCCGUGGUUUCGAAAAGGGCCAUUAUGUGCAUUCAUUCAAAAUGGCGACGUCCACAGAGAAGAAGUCUGCGGCCCCAGUGCAGAUUCCCAAACCAGUAAAAUUCCUCUACGGAGGUUUAGCUGGGAUGGGUGCUACUGUCUUUGUGCAGCCUUUGGAUCUUGUCAAAAACCGUAUGCAAAUGAGCGGCGAGGGCGGUGCAUCCAGACAGUACAAGACAAGCGGUCAUGCCAUUAGAGCAAUCAUAGCAGGCGAAGGAGUUCUAGGGCUCUAUAAUGGCUUGUCGGCAGGAUUACUUCGUCAAGCAACAUACACGACAACAAGGCUUGGGAUCUACACGACGUUAUUUGACAUGGUGUCAGGACCCGAUGGAAAACCUCCAAACUUUUUAACGAAGGCACUAAUAGGUAUGACAGCUGGAGCUACUGGAGCGUUUGUCGGCACUCCGGCCGAGAUAUCACUUAUCAGGAUGACUUCAGACGGCAGGCUACCUGUCAAUGAAAGGAGGGGGUAUAGCAGUGUCUUCAACGCUCUAGCCAGGAUAACGAAAGAAGAGGGUCUAGUAACGCUAUGGAGGGGUUGUGGACCCACUGUUGCCCGAGCCAUGGUGGUCAAUGCAGCACAGCUAGCCUCCUAUUCCCAAGCUAAACAGUUCCUUAUGGGUACAGGUUACUUUCAAGACAACAUUUUGUGUCAUUUCGGUGCGAGUAUGAUCAGCGGUCUCGUGACAACGAUUGCGUCGAUGCCAGUGGAUAUUGCCAAAACAAGAAUUCAGAAUAUGAGAAUAAUUGACGGUAAACCAGAAUACUCCGGAGCUAUUGAAGUCCUACGAAAAACCAUACAGAAAGAGGGCGUCUUUAGCCUGUGGAAGGGAUUCACACCGUACUACACCCGCCUCGGACCACACACCGUUCUAACCUUCAUCUUCCUGGAGCAGCUGAACAAAUUCUACCGGACUAAAAUCGCAAAGUCUACCGAGUGAAGACGAGAUCGUCGUACCCCAUGAAUAAUGAUACAGCUUGAGACAAAUCAAGGUUAGAUAGGGCUCAGCAAUGAAAAUAUAGCUUUUGUCGCUACAAGGUGGAAAUAAGUAGUAGUCUCACAUGAAGUUCUGUUUGCCAUGUGAGUUUGGAACCCCCCCCCCUCUCCUACAUUACCUCAAAUCGCAAACUGUAACACCUUUUUGUAUGAAAGGAAAAAAAAAAGUAUUUGACUGAGAUAUUGGUUGAGGAACAUUUGGAAUGAGGACAUAGUUAGCUGUUGCAAACUGCUUAUCAACUUGAAGGGCCUGUGGUAUAAAUGCACACAAACAAUAGGUAUUGGCCCGACACUUCGACCCUAGCAGAGUCUUUCUCAAAGGCCUCUUGAAUGACGUUGCACCAACGUGGCGAUUGUUGCUUUGGGCUUCAAAAAGCAUUUGUCUUGAAAUGUGUUUGGAAAGAUGUUUGAAAAGUAGAACACAUAAUAUGAUAAUGAUUUAUAUAAAUAUCCCAAUGAAAUUGUGUGGUUAUUGGAUAAUUUCGUGACAGAACGUAGUCCACUAUUUUGUAGAAACAAAUAACAAAAUGUUCGACUCCAAAAAAUGGGGGACCAUAUGAUCCGUUGAUGUUUUUUUAAUCACUACUCAUUAAUAACAAAACACUGCAAGUGUUUUGUACAUGAACAACUCUUGAAUUAAGGAAUAAGGAGCAAUUCCUAACUGCCUAUUUUUUGAGUUUUUUUGAAGGUGUUCUGCCCCUUUUAUCACCAUUUUCCUAUUGUAUAUAAUGAUAGAAAGCACUACCCAGUGAAUAGUAUGCAGUUUGCAUCUAAAGUGUGUGUGUUGUGAAAUUCAUCCAUUCAGAAUGCAUAGAGUUUGAAACAUGUAUUUGAUAUAUGGAUGUGUUUACAAACAAACAACUCCACAGAAUUCCUUUUAAACCCUGGGUUCUACCCCGGCUAAGCUUAUUUCACAUUGACUAGAAUAUUAGUACUGCCAUCUACUAGUUACUGAAUCACAAUUUUAUGGGUUUACACAACUGGUUGUGCUUGGCUCGAUCCAGCCAAACAGAUUUUGUAAUGACUAAGACCAGCUUUGUUGUCUCGUUUACUGAAUCACAAUUUUAUUGACUUAUGCAAUUCAUAAGUAUUAAAUUAUGACUGUCAAAUUUCAAGUAAAAUUGUCUUGGCAAAUUUUUAAUAAUAUUGUGUUGAGCAAAGGACAAUUAACUACAGUAGGACUUGAACUUGAAACCUUUAGGUUAAUUUUCUAUGGUGGCAGUAGAGUUCUUGUGUUUUAGUGAAUACUGCGCCUUGAACACCGGGGUGGAUACAUGCACCUUGAAACAGGGUGGAUACCUGCGCAUUACAAGUAUAAUUAUUAUUAUUAUUAUUAUUAUUAUUAAUACCUGAUAGCUUCUUACUAAGAUAAGGACGCUUGACUCUAAAAAAAUAUCGACCGUUCAAAAGGAUAGUUAUUUUUGUGUGUGAUUCGGUCUAGGGCAUUCUUUUGUUUAUGGUAGCUAGGUUAUGGUUAAAAGGUUGAUCCGCAAGGCACUCUGCCAAGCAUGGUUGUCUAGGUGGUGAACCAAUCUAAAAGGCUGAGUCUGAGUUUGCGGCUAGGGCUACAGCUAAAUGUAUUGGCAAGUUCGGGUGAGAGCGGCUUGACUUGACCAGAAAAUGUGAUGUAGCCGACCAUAUCGAACAUGCUCCAGUGCAUGGUUCGAUAUAGUCAAUCUCCCUGUGCUCUAUGGUUUCUGGUUAGUCUAGUCGGUCUAGUCCACAGGCUGUUUCUAAGGAUGUUCCAUACUUCAACGCAUGAUGACGCCUAAUUCCAGUCAAAGUCGUAGCCACCUUUUCAUACACGGCCUGAGGCCAUGUCAGAAUUAGUGGCUUCAGCUAAGGCUGUAUCAUGUCAUCAUGCAUUGAAGUAUAGGAUGUCCUUAGCAACACCAAUAGCAAAAGCCGUAGCCAUAGAUGCCAUUCUGGAUACAGCUUAUUAUAGGUAGGGCUUUGGUCUUGAUCUUUCAGCCCGGUUCAUACUCCUGCAAAUACCAUACGAAUGUUGACGUCACAAGUUCGCAACGAAUAACUCGCAGGGGUUGAGUUGUGCUCAACUCUUCUGCGAAAAUCGCAGUGAAAACAGAGUUGUGACGUCAAAUUCGCAUCGCAUUCGCAUGAAGUAUGAACCAGGCUUAAGUGGGAUAAGGGGUGAUUAUAUGCAAUUUGUUUCCCACAGUAAAUACCACUACAAUGUUUAGUUCGGUUCAAGUAUUUGUAAAUCAAAUAAAUUAUAUGAAAGAUAUAUUUCAUUAUCCAUCUUUUACAGUACAUUAAGUAAUAGAUUAUAUUCUACUGCCUAUUGUUUGUGGUUUUUCUUUAGUUUUACUCUAGCAUCACUGUGAAUUUGAAAAAUGAAACAAAGAAAAGUAAGAAAUUGUCACCCGGCUCAGUGAUACCAUUGUUUUAGUUCUCCUCUUCUUUUAUGCUGUGAUAAUAAAAAGUAUCCAACAGAUUGUCAACUCCGGUUUCUGAACAAAUAAAGAUUUCUUUGAUUGAUCCACAUUUA